AUGCUAGGAUUGACCGAAUACACUGAUCCUACAACCCGAGGCUCUUACCGUAAACACCCAAUCCCUGUCACCAAUGCAAAUACUUACGCAGACUCACCCUUGCUGCCGGUGAAACACGAGAUCAAGGGCACAGAUAGCAACAGCGUGAUCCUUUUCAAGGAUGUGAAGGUGCUCGACUCGACUGGACGGGAGCCGUUCCCGGGCGAUGUCCUGAUCAGAGGAGAGCGGAUUGUCAAGGUCUCGGCCAAGAUCAACGAAGACAAAGUGAAGGAAACUGAUCCUCAGGUUCACAUUAUCGAGGGAAAAGGUCGCACGCUGAUGAGCGGACUAUGUGAUGCGCAUACCCAUCUGUCAUGGAACAAUUCUCCAGAUCUGGAAGGAUUAGGACAUCUUCCUCCAGAGGAGCACACGAUCUUUGCCAUUCGAGCCGCUCGUACCUACCUGGAUUACGGUUAUACGAUGUGCUUUGGUGCUGCAUCUGCCAAAGCUCGUCUGGACUGUGUGAUCCGCGAUGCCAUCAAUGCUGGUGAGAUCGCCGGACCAAGGUACCUGGCCAACGCCCAAGAAAUUGCUCGGCGGCAUGGUGCCCUGAUCGACUCGAUAUCUGCUUUCGCUGAUGGACCCGAAGAUAUAACUAUUGCUGUUUUGAAGAACGUUGCUUUAGGAGCCGACCAAGUGAAGCUAUCCAUGUCCGGGGAAUCGAUCACGGAAAAAGUGAUGGCAGAUGAGAAUUUCUUCACCGAUGAAGAGACGAAAGCCGCAUGUGAUGCCGCCCACAAGCAAGGUAAACGCGUUUGUUCACAUGCCAGGAGCGUGGAUUCCGUGAAGAUGAGCGCUCGUUGGGGAGUGGACGUCAUCUACCACGCCAGCUUUACGGAUGAAGAGACACUGGACCUUCUCGAAUCUAAGAAGGACCGUAUUUGGGUUGCACCGGCUAUCAACUGGAUCACCGAGACACUGACUUCUGCGUCCGAAUGGGGUUGUACACCAGAGCAUGCGAUUGAGAUCGGAUACAAGGAUGAGCUUGAGGAAGCAAUCAAAUCCAUGAAGGCCAUGAAAGCUCGUGGCAUCAAGCUCCUCCCUGGGGGUGAUUAUGGGUUUGCUUGGACUCCGCAUGGGACGUAUGCGAGGGACCUCGAACAUUUCGUGAACUUGUUCGGGUACACGCCCAUGGAAGCCAUCAUUGCGGCCACUGCUGUGCUGUUCAUGCGGCCUCAUGAGCUGGGCAAGGUGCUUCCCGGCUAUUACGCCGACUUGAUUUUGGUUGAUGGCAAUCCUCUUGACGAUAUCCGUAUUCUUCAGGACAAGGACAAGCUGCACUACAUCUUGAUCGAUGGGCGCGUGCACAAGUGUAUGUCUUGA